GCUUAAUAAAACUUCGGACAUAUCGUUUUGUCUUGAUAAAUCAUUGUACUUGCUUACACAAUCUCGAUCUGAUCGUUUUCGAAACCGCGCGGUUCCGACGAAGCUCAGCUUAGUGAUUGAUUCCAUGGCUUCAUCAAUGCUGUCUCUCGGUUCUACUUCUCUGCUACCUCGCGAGAUUAACAAGGAUAAGCUAAAGCUUGGAACUUCCGGUUCCAACCCCUUCCUGAAAGCAAAGUGUUUUAGUCGGGUGACCAUGUCGGUUGCAGUGAAGCCUUCUCGCUUUGAGGGUAUCACCAUGGCUCCACCAGACCCUAUUCUUGGCGUCAGCGAAGCUUUCAAAGCUGACACUAACGAGCUUAAGCUCAAUCUCGGCGUUGGUGCUUAUCGAACUGAAGAACUCCAGCCUUAUGUCCUUAAUGUUGUUAAAAAGGCGGAGAACCUGAUGUUGGAGAGAGGAGAUAAUAAAGAGUAUCUCCCAAUAGAAGGGUUGGCUGCAUUCAACAAGGCCACUGCUGAGCUGCUGUUUGGAGCUGGUCAUCCUGUUAUUAAAGAACAAAAAGUGGCAACAAUUCAAGGUCUUUCCGGAACAGGUUCACUCCGACUAGCAGCGGCUCUUAUCGAGCGUUAUUUUCCUGGAGCUAAAGUUCUUAUAUCUGCACCAACAUGGGGUAACCACAAGAACAUCUUCAACGACGCCAAAGUUCCCUGGUCUGAAUACCGCUACUAUGACCCCAAAACAAUCGGUUUGGAUUUUGAAGGGAUGAUAGCUGAUAUAAGGGAAGCUCCAGAAGGAUCAUUCAUACUGCUACACGGCUGCGCUCACAACCCGACCGGAAUCGACCCAACGCCAGAGCAGUGGGUGAAAAUUGCUGACGUCAUUCAAGAAAAGAACCACAUCCCAUUUUUCGACGUUGCAUACCAGGGCUUUGCUAGCGGAAGCCUUGAUGAAGACGCAGCUUCCGUGAGACUAUUUGCUGAGCGUGGGAUGGAGUUUUUCGUCGCUCAGUCGUAUAGUAAAAACUUGGGCCUUUAUGCUGAAAGGAUUGGUGCAAUCAACGUCGUCUGCUCAUCAGCCGAUGCUGCUACAAGGGUGAAGAGCCAGUUGAAAAGGAUAGCUAGGCCUAUGUACUCGAACCCACCGGUUCACGGUGCGAGGAUCGUGGCUAACGUCGUGGGAGAUGCAGCUAUGUUCAACGAGUGGAAAGCAGAGAUGGAAAUGAUGGCGGGGAGGAUUAAGACGGUGAGACAGCAGCUGUACGACAGCCUCGUUUCGAAGGAUAAGAGCGGUAAGGACUGGUCGUUUAUUCUGAAGCAGAUUGGCAUGUUCUCAUUCACAGGUCUCAACAAGGCUCAGAGUGAUAACAUGACGGACAAGUGGCAUGUGUACAUGACUAAAGACGGGAGGAUAUCGUUGGCUGGAUUGUCUAUGGCAAAAUGCGAGUACCUCGCUGAUGCCAUCAUCGACUCGCACCAUAACGCAUUGUUGUAUUGGGAGACUCCCAUCGAGUUAUAGAGGAAAACACUUGUUACUUCUUCAUUCAUAAGGAUACAAAUUGUAUUUGCAUGAUUUCACAAUGUGAAUGUAUUUGGUGUUUUUAUC